UUUCCUCCCCCCCGCUCUGCUCUGCUGUUCUACGUCAGCCUCCAGCAACUGGAAAGAUGUCUGUGACCGUGAGCAAAGAGGACGGCGUCACUGUGAUCACGGUGGUGUCUGACCCUAACUGUCCCUGGCCUCCUCUGUGUCAGAUCCUGAAGGGCCUUUACUCCAGCUCGGGGUGCUGCUCAGUUCCCCAGCACCUUAGGAAGGUCCAGCCAGCCCCCCUGACAGUACUUGGGGUAAGAAGGAAACUGUCUUUCAUCAAAAUUAUUUCCAAAUUUGUAAUCUUUGCUUUACUGUCAUUUUUAGUUCUUUAUGAGGGCAUCAGCGGCGUGUUGAUUGCCCUGUCUGUCCUGGAGCUCUGCGUCACCAUCAGCUCCGCCGUCUUGGCCAUCAAAGUUCUGAAAAGCCUCAAAAAAGAAGAAAACUCGGAAGAGAAAUACGGCCAAAAAAACAGGACAAGGAAUUUUAUCUUGCAUUAUCAGAGAACAGCCAUAUAUUUGCACCUGAUAGUCCUGUUGAUGCAUUCCAACGACUCGUUUACUUUGGCAGCUGCUGACUGUUUAGACCGUUCCUCUGGUUCAUUCUCCUCUGCAAACUGCCUCGCUCCACAUGCACACUCAGGUCCAGCGCCAGAGGAUAAACCCAGCCCCGCUGCUGCUCUCCGUCUUCAUUCGUCAGGUGUGACUUCAGGUAUCUGGACGUUGAGAAACCAGGAUCCCUGUGGGAGAAUGUUUCCAUCGCUGUGUCACAUCCUGAAGGCUCUUUGCUGCAGACGGUGCUGCUGCUGCUGUUUGGACAAACUGCGAGUGCAGACCUGCUCGGCUGCAGCUAUAGGGACAAUUCAGAUUAUGGUGGGUGUGCUAAACAUCGGACUUGGACCUGGAAGAACAAGCACUCGGACGGGGGAUUUCUCCAGUCUGGGUGCUGCUUACUGGCUGGGUGCUGUGUUCAUUAUAACAGGAAUCAUGACCAUUUUGGCGGGUCGGUUCCCGUCUUCCUGCCUGGUGGGCUUCACUGUGUUCAUGAACAUCGUUGGCGCCAUCUUCUCCAUCACUGGCAUCGUGCUGUACGCCGUGGACCUGAGAAACUCUUCUCUGCUCUGGAUCUGCGAUCGCUUCUCUGAGGAUCUCGAUCAUCAUGAUGACAGCUGCAAAAAGGUGGCCGUCUAUGAUCAGGGUCUGCUGACAGCUCUGGACAGAACCUUGAUUAUCCUGGCUGUUCUCAUGCUGGUUGUCAGUAUUUGCUUUACUAUUCCUGGCAUCCGGUUCCUGGUCGGGGAGGCGAAGGAGGAAGAGCAGGUUGACAACAUUCCAGAAGAAGACUUGAAGGAAAUCAUCCUCAUCAUCAGUCCUGGAGCUUAAAACCGUCGGUGCAUCAACAGGCAGCUCUCCAGUUCUACUGAAAACCGUCUCUUCAUUUUGUCAGAAAUACUGUGAUUUAUUUCCAUAAAAAGGCAAUUUCCACUUCCUGAUAUUGUCAAUAAAAGUAUUUUUGUAAGGAUCCUUGGAAGUUGAGUAAAUUAGUUGAUCUGACUCACCUGUGUUGAGCAUGUUUUCAGUCGAUUCCUCGCUGUAUUUAGGUUCCAUGUUCUUGUUCCUCCGUUGUUGCAUCGUCCCGUUUGCUACCCCGUUUCUGUUCUUCUGUUUUGGUUCCCUUG